CAUUGCCUGGUGACCUAGCAGUACCGUCCAGCGCGGCUCAAUCGAGCUCGUUGCUGAACGAGGCGCCAACUGCGAACGCGGAAGCCUCCCCGCUUCCAGCACCAGCGUUGCCAAACGGCCCCGAUGACGAUGGACGCUACACGCUGGGCCAUUAUUACGGCUCGACUAAGAAAGUCAAGGUGCCGGAGCUCAACCAUGACGCCCGGCGUCGACAGCGGGUCGUGGGGGAAAUCGUGGAGGUGUGCGGGGCGGCGCCUGGGCAUCAAGGAGGAGGUCAUCCGGGGAAACCUGGACAAGAUGGAGGCGCUGCUGCCGGAGCUGACGCCGGACGUGAACAAGAUGCGCGCCGCAGACUGGGCUAAGCUAGCGAAGGACAUCAACCAGGUGGCGAUGAUGCUGGUGGUGAUCAAGACGUCGUACCCAGGCGCCAACGUGGGCAAGAUUGUGAGCCGGGCGCCCAAGAUCCUGCUCCAGUCACCGGAGCAGCUGCAGGCGGAUGCAGCGGUGAUUCGCAAGGUGCUUGCAGGCGCACCCAACGCCGACUCCAUCAUUGAGGAGGUACCGUACCUCAUGAGCCCGCCCGCACUGGCGCAGAGCCUCUCCAACGUCAGCCGCUGGUACAACACUAAGGACCCGGUGAGCAUGAUCAGCAAGAACCCCAAGCUGCUGCUCAACGUGGAGGAGGCGGACCUGGAGGCGGACCCGCUGUACGGUGAGCUCACCACCGCAGGCUAGGUCCUGUGCUAGCCAUAGCUCGGUGGGCGCGCGGGCGGCUGGGCAGCAGGCGCAUCUUGAACAGGCUUGUCGUGUUGGUUCCGUGCGGCGCGGCCUGGGGAGUCUGUUUGUGGAGUAACUCGAGAGUGUGCCAGCCUGCCGAGUGCCGAUCGCUGAUGGCCGGGGUGGCCGUACCGCAGCCGUCCUCAAGCGUGCUCAUCGUCACGCCCUGCUGCACCUCCAAUAGAAAGGCGUUGUCGCCGUUGCCAUCGUGAACCUUGCGCUGCUUUGGACGUCUGCGUGCGCGUAGGGCUCAGCCUCAACCUCAGCACCAUCGACACGUGGGAUUUCGGGUUGCAAAAGGUUGGAGGCGGUGGCGGUGGCGGUGGCACAGACGGCGACGCGGCUACGGCUGCACCCGCGCCGGCGCAGCCGCAGCCGCAGCGUGCGUGAACGUACGUAGCCGGGGGUGGGGCCACGCCCUUGGCGUGUCUGUGUGUGUAGGUUUGUGGAGUGGAGUUUGCAAGAGGCGCAAGGAAAGACAGGCAAGAGACGAAGCCCGUAGAGACGAAACCCCCAUGAUGUGCGUCAGUGCGUCGGCUUGUACACAAGCACCAUGCACGGCAUUGAUUCUGUGGUUCCGGUCAUGACAGUUCGCGGCGCACUGCAUUUACAACACCGCGUAUGUGCGCACACACACACUCCCUUCCUUAUGAAGGCGACGCGAUCUACGUGGAAGAUGACCUGCCGGAGCUGCAGCGGAGGGCGCUGGCGGCCGCCGCCGCAGCAGCAGCACCGCUGGCGGCAGCGCGCGCUGCCGCGGCGGCGGCUACGAUCCCGCCUGAUGUGGCGGCGGCAGCAGCGGCGUCGGUGUGAUUAGGCAGUAGUGUGUGUGGUGGUUCGUGAGAAAAUGAUAUUUGCGAUUGCAAGAACUUAAUAUCUGUACAACCAAAUAGUAUGUUGUGUUGCUAUCGGCAGGGCGUAGCCCCUCAUUCGGGCUGUGGCUUAUUCUGAGUGCCGCGUUUCGAAGUGUGGGCGGCAUGUGCCCCCUGUUGUAGGCAUGCAACGUGUACCGGGUAUCACGGUGGCUAUUGCGUGGGCACUUCAGUUGCGAAAUAGCCUUUAUGUGAGCAAGGGCGUAAAGGCGUGCCCAACCAAGGCGCGUUAUAACUUGCCACCACAUGCCAUCGGAGGGCGGAGAAACGGGACGAACGCAAAGCACGGGCGAAGAGAGCGUCCGCCACGCCAUGCGCUGGCCCUGUUCUGUGGACUUUGUCGUUUGUAUCGGCGCAGCAACGUCCGUGUGCAACUGUUGCUUGUGAGCUCGAAUAACGCUUUGUGUGCAUCGUAUGCGCAUCGUAUCACUGUGGUGUUCGAGGAGGUGGAUGAGGAGGUGGAGGACGAGCAGGAGGAGUAAGGGCAAGACGGGAAGGCGCUACACGAGGAGUUGCGACACUGGAUGAGAUGGUUGGCGUGUGGGCGGUGUCGAGGGAAGGCGAUGAAUGCGUUUACAGGCCCUUAUGUGCUCAGGGAGCAGCAGCUGUCCUCACGGGCUGGCCAAGGUAGAACAGGUAGAACGCGCAGGUGCAACUGGAUGGCCGCCUGUAGCAGGAUAGUCGGCAAAAGCCACAUCCAGAUGCCCCAGGGCGUGUUCCACAGGGUUAUAUACUUGUGUGUUGUAGAACUUCCGUGUUCCGCCCACACCGCCACGGCAAGUCAAGCGGCGGUAAUAGUCAGCGGUCGAUGUAUAGCAGGCCGGCGUAUCACUUUCCUUUGGUUGGACCAACUUGGGCCUGUAAUAAGCUACGGUGAAGGUCCGGGCCCACGUGAGCGGUUGGGCAUGCCAACCGGUUAACAGCUGUCAGUGGGGGA